GUCUCGAAAUUAUUUAUAGAGUGGCGUGUUUGGAGCGACGAGAGCGGGUGGCGCUGGCGAGGCUAAGACGACGCGCCGCACAGCCUCCGUGUGCUGCAUUUGCAUAAACGCCGAGCGAGACACAAUGGAGAAGAGUUGCUCCCGAGAGGGAAUCGUGGGAGUGACGGUGGAGGAGGGCGGAGGGGAGGGUCGGGCGUCGUUCUGCGAGAGGGUGGGCGACGCCCUGAACAUCCUGUGGAUCGUGGUGGCGUUUUCGCUGCUCGCGUUCGCCCUGACCGUGUUCUUCUGCCACCUGAGCGGCUGCCAGGCCGAGUUCUCCUCCGAAGGGUCCGCCCUGGCAUUCGGCCGCACCGCGCACGCGCCGGGCGUGCGCAGACUGGCGGCCGCCGAGUUGCGCCCUGACGAGGACGAGACCCUGAGCGGGUGCCGCCCCCUCACCGACGCCCUCUACCAACUCGUGUGCAACCAGCAGACCCUGUGUCGCGCCGCCCUCGGCCCCCUCGCCGACGACGCGCCCCUCCUCGUCGCCCCCGCCAACUACUCGAUCCAGUUCGAAUGCAAAGACGGCACCACGCGCGUCCUCCACGCCCUCGUCCAGCACCACGUGCAGUGCCGCUGCGCCCUCCUCGCCGCGCCCAAUCAAAAUGCUGACGCGUGAAUUUAUUGUUAAAAACAUCAAGUGACGUUUUGUGCCGCAAUCUUUGAUAAUUCCCAACUAAUCUGUGUAGAUUGAUUGACCCACGGACAAUGUUAAAUGCAUCAAAGUAGGAAGUUUAUGGCCAGUCGAAGAGCAGAUUUUCCCUUUCUAUGGUUUAAUUUACUUGAUAAUUUUUGUUAACUCAUUUUGGUGAAAGAAAAGUGAGGUAUGCUAGACAUUUUGUAUUUUUUGUUUGUGAACAGUAAAUAUAUAUAUUCAUGAACCGUU